AUGGCCGGCCGCAAAAGAACAAGGGCCUCUCGCUCAAAGCCCGACGCGUCCGGCCUGCCAGAUGUCUAUGGAGAGAUGCUGGCUGAAGCUGGAGCAGGUGCAGUUGCAGGUCCCUCAACUUCAUCAGAACCGCCGCCAAAGCGACUCAAACGACCCGGAGAGAAGAAGGCGCCACCCAGACCUCCCCAGGAACCAAAUUUGGAUGAAGAAGAUGAAGAUGAAGACAUAGAAUUUGAAGAUGUCGCUCUUCCAGCACCAACUGUCCAGACGAUGACGAGAGACUCAGAAGACGAAGAGUCGGAGGAGGAAGAGAUCGAAUUUGAGGACAUCGAUUUUGGCGCUGUGCAACCGGAUUCGGAAACCGCCCAGGAACCCAAGAAGCUCACUCUGAACCUAUCGGCUCAUGGACCUUUAACCAGUACCACUAAAAAGGGUGUCGACAGGAGGAAACCGAUGACGAAGGAAGAGAAAGAGCGCCGCAUAACGAUACACAGAACUCACGUCCUAUGCCUCGUACACCACUCCGCGCUGAGGAACCGAUGGUGCGAUGACGAACAAGUUCAGAGAUCCCUGAAGCCGCUGUUAACCAAGAAGACGAUCGACUACCUGAAUCCCGGAUCUCAUCUCACACAGUUCGGCCGCACAGAAUCCCUCAAGAAUGGUCUUCAACAAGCAGGCUCCGUCUUCAAGGCAAAGUUCCAGAUCACGGAAAGAGGCCUGCGGCGGCCCCUGUGGGCAGAGGACCCCGAACAUCUUGCCAAGUACGAGCCACCUAGCAAUACGGACUCCUGUGUCGACCGAUCCGAGUUCAGAAAGGCGGCUAGGAAAUUGCAAGGGUCCCGAGAUGUCGGCGCUCAGCUGUAUUGCGCUCUGCUACGAGCCGCUGGGGUUCGCGCCCGCCUGGUUUGCUCUUUGCAGGCGCUAUCCUUCGCCCCGGGUGGGCCGUCUCUGCCAAAGCCGAAGACAUCAGCAAAGGCUGUCAAGGCAGAAAAGAUUCGGGCGCAGCUCGCUCAAUACAAACCAUCCGAGGACGCAUCAUCAUCAGACUUGAGCAAAGCAUCACCUCUUCGACGACUUGGACACCCGAAUGCUGCGGCUUACCAACUUCCCUCUAUGCCAGCCUCGCCCCCAACUCAUCGGCAACCUAAGGAGACUCCGAUUAAGAUUCGUGAGUCGCAAUAUCCCGUCUACUGGGUGGAGGUGCUUGACGUUGGCCACCAGAAGUGGCAGCCAGUAGACCCCUUGGUCACUCAUUCCAUGUGGAAGCCUCGUGCUCUGGAGCCGCCAGCCGUUGACCGCGAGAAUUGUAUGAGCUACGUGAUUGCUUUCGACAUCGACGGCACUGUCCGGGAUGUGACGAGAAGAUACGCCAAAGCAUACGCAGCAAAAACCCGGAGGUUGCGCAUUGAAUCAACAGUUGAGCGCGGCGAUCGAUGGUGGCGCAAGGCUCUUAAACCAUUCAGACGGCCAGUGCCAACAGACCUUGAUCAGAUUGAAGACACCGAGCUCCAGGCUGUUGAAUCGCGGGAGCCUAUGCCACGGAAUGUGGCCGAUUUCAAGGACCAUCCUGUCUUUGCGCUGGAAAGGCAUCUGCGGCGGAACGAAGUCCUGAUACCCGAGGCCCAACCUGCAGGAACAGUCGCGGCUGGAAGCAAAGCUCCGUUGGAGAAGGUAUAUCGGCGCAAAGACGUGAGGAUCGCGAGAAGCAGGGACAAAUGGUAUCGUGCUUUUGGGCGCGAGGUCAAGCCAAUGGAGAUCCCAGUCAAAUUCCUUCCGCGAAGGGCCAACGCCAAACCGGGCGAAUACGUCGAUGACGGCUACGGCGGAGACGAGAGAGACGCAACAGGGACGCCGCUUUUUAUGGAGGAGCAGACGGAGCUGUAUCGCGCACCAGCAGUUGUCAACGGGCGGAUACCGAAGAACAAGUUCGGCAACAUCGAUUUGUACGUGCCUACCAUGGUGCCAGAAGGCGGCGUCCAUAUCGCGGACGAGUUUGAUACUGCAGCGCGAGCAGCUUACAUCUUGGGAAUCGACUACGCGCCGGCAUUGGGAGGAUUUCAGUUUAAGGGAAGACAUGGUACGGCUGUGAUGAACGGCGUGGUGGUGGCUUGCGAGCACGAGGAAGCAGUGCGGGCCGUCAUGGAUGGCUUGCAUGAUAUGGACGCACAAACGGAGCAGAGCAAGCGGUCUUUGGCUGCGGUCCGAAUGUGGAGGCGAUUCCUUACGGCGCUCCGCAUCCGGGAGCGUGUGUAUGCCGGGGUGGAUCCCGACGAGAGAGCCGAAGAGGAGAGGCAGGUUGUCGGAGCCCUUGAAGAAACGGCCGAGGACCAUGACAUGUCAGAAGGGGGCGGGUUCAUACACGACGAUGCGCACAUCGCAGCAGGAGGUGGAGGCUUCAUCCCCGACGACGCAGACAGCGCGGCUGUGGGUGGAGGUUUCAUGGUUGAUCAGUACGAUGGGAUCUCAGAAGGUGGCGGGGCCUACAUGGCCCGUGAAGAAGAAGAAGCCGUGGUAGGCGGUGGGUUCCUGGCUGAUGAGGACGAUGAUGCAUCUGGCGGAGGAUUUGUCCCUGACGAAGCUGAUGUCAAAGAUGACACCACGGAAGGUAUGAGAGUCAUUGACGAAGAUGAAGUCGCAAGCAAAGGCGACGAUGGGCAACCGGCUGUGGACGACGCCGCCGCUUCUGCAAGCGAGCUCGAGAGGGACGGGGAAGAAUUGGAGGACGAAGCAAGCGACGUUACCGAGGAAUACGACAUGGAAGAGGACGAGGGUGGCGGAGGAUUUCUAGUGGAGUAG